AUGUUGAGAUUUUUGGGUGAUAAUCUCACCGGUGGCAUACCAAGUUCUUUGUGUAAGUUAAAGAAGCUAAAUGUCAUUGAUCUUUCAAAGAAUCAACUGUCUGGGAGGCUUCCUCAAUGUUGGAGAGCAUCGCAACCGUUGGGACCGUUUGCAUUUGGGGAAAACAAGUUAAAUGGCCAGAUUCCGAAAUCUCUGUGCCAUUGUCAACAAUUAUUCGCUCUUAGCCUACGGAGGAAUGGUUUUAGUGGAGUAAUCCCAAACUAUUUGUCAAAUUCACAGAGUAUGGUGAUGCUUGAUCUCAGCGACAAUAAAUUCACGGGUAGGUUACCUAUAUUUGGGAAACAUUCUCAAUCACUGCAAGUGAUCAAUUUAGAGAAAAAUAGCUUUGUUAGAGGCAUUCCUUCACAAUUUUGCCAACUUCGCAGUCUCCGUUUCUUGAGCCUAGCACAGAAUUACAUAUCUGGAUCCAUUCCUAAUUGUAUUGACGGGCUCUUAGCUAUGGUUGAUGAUGUGUCAGGUCCAGUAUUUAUUUCCCUUGUCGAUGUUAUUGCUACCAUAAAGGGAAUCAGCCGAAUAUAUGAUGGGACGCUUUGGUACUUCAUCUCAAUUGAUCUCUUUGCGAACAUGUUGGAUGGGCAGAUACCAGAAGAGUUAACUAGGCUCGUCCAACUUCAAAAUUUGAACCUCUCUCAAAAUAAUUUGAGUGGACACAUCCCCUCAAACAUUGGUGACCUGAAAAACUUGAAAUCUCUUGAUCUUUCCAGAAAUAAAUUGUCGGGUACCAUCCCUUCGAGCAUAUCCAACAUUGACUCCAUUAGUCAUUUGAAUCUGUCCUUCAAUAGACUCUCCGGUCCUAUUCCAUCUGGCAACCAUUUGCGCACAAUGGAUGAUGAAUCUGUUUAUCGCGGCAACAACGAACUCUGUGGAGCUCUUCUUUCCAAGAUUUGUCCAGGAGAUAAGCCAUCUGGUAUUGACGGUGAUAAUUCGAGUGGAGAUAAGCUUAGUGAAGGCAAUUUGGACAUCCGCAAUUGUUUCAUUGCACGUUUGGGACCGGGUUUUACAAUCGAAUUUCUGGGAUUCUGCAGCUUCUUGCACUUCAAGCAAUCUUAG